AUGUUUCGAGAAGAAUGGCGGUACCUGCAGCAAUUUUACGUUCGUGUCCCUGUGGAUUGCCUCAUGAAACUCUGCUCUAUCAAUAUAUUUCUUCUUUUCUUCUUCAUUGCCAUGAGUCUUUUUCCUCUGGCUCUUGGUGACUUGAAUUCAGAUAAACAAGCCCUUCUGGCAUUUGCCGCUGCUGUGCCACAUGGUAGGAGGCUCAACUGGAAUCCUGCUAUGCCAGUCUGCAAUUCAUGGAUCGGAGUCAAUUGUACCCCGGAUGCUAACAAUGUGAUUCGUCUGCGGCUUCCUGGCAUUGGACUUAAGGGUCCAAUUCCAGCUAACACGCUUGGAAAGUUGGAUGCUCUGAGGACUCUCAGUCUUCGCUCCAAUCUCCUUAGUGGUAAUUUGCCUCCUGAUAUUCUUUCACUUCCUUCUCUUCAAUACCUCUUUCUCCAACGUAAUAACUUCUCCGGUAAUAUUCCAACUACCUUUUCUCCUCAGCUUACUAUCUUGGACCUAUCAUUCAAUUUAUUUCAGGGAAAAAUUCCCCAAACAAUUCAGAAUUUGACUCGACUUACUGCUUUGAGCCUUCAAAACAAUUCUCUUUCUGGAUCAAUUCCCAAUCUAGCUCCACAGCUCAAACGUUUGAAUCUAAGCAACAACCAUCUUAAUGGCUCUAUUCCUUCGUCUCUACAGAAGUUCCCAAAUUCUUCAUUCAUUGGAAAUUCCUUAUGUGGGCCACCACUAGAUUCUUGUUCACCUUCUCUUCCACCUGCUCCUUCACCAAGUACUUUUCCAGCUCCGCCAAAUGCCCCUCCGAAGCAAAGUUCCAAGAAAAAACUCACUUUGGGAGCUAUUAUUGCCAUUGCAGUUGGAGGAGCCGUAGUGCUAUUUCUUAUAGCACUAGUUUUACUCCUGUGCUACUGUAAGAGAAAGCAAAGUGAUGACAGUCCAGUGCCAAAAGUUAAACCUUCCGUUGGUGGGAGUCGAGAGAAAUCAAGCGAGGAGUUUAGCAGCGGGGUGCAAGCACCCGAGAAGAACAAGUUGGUUUUCUUCGAAGGCUGUUCUUACAAUUUCGAUCUUGAGGACUUGUUACGGGCCUCUGCUGAAGUUCUUGGAAAGGGUAGUUUUGGGACAGCAUACAAAGCCGUCUUAGAGGAGUCGACAACAGUGGUCGUGAAAAGAUUGAAAGAAGUAAUUGUUGGGAAGAAGGACUUCGAACAGCAGAUGGAAAUAAUCGGGAGAGUUGGACAGCAUCCCAAUGUUGUACCUUUACGAGCUUAUUAUUACUCCAAGGACGAGAAGCUCUUAGUCUAUGAUUAUUUUUCAAAUGGCAGCUUGGCAACGGUGUUGCACGGACACAAGACAGCCGGAAGAACACCUCUGGAUUGGGGUACAAGAGUCAGAAUAUCCCUAGGAGCAGCAAGGGGCAUUGCUCAUAUCCAUUCUGUGGGUGGUGCUAAAUUUACUCAUGGAAACAUCAAGUCGUCCAACAUCCUCUUGAAUCAAGAACUGGAUGGUUGUGUAUCCGAUCUCGGGUUAGCCCCUCUCAUGAACUCUCCUGCCACUUCAUCUCGACAGGCAGGAUACCGUGCUCCCGAGGUAAUCGAAACUCGGAAACACACUCACAGAUCAGAUGUGUACAGCUUCGGAGUGGUACUACUCGAAAUGCUUACAGGAAAACAACCGAUUCAAUCACCGGGACGAGAUGAUAUCGUUGAUCUCCCGAGGUGGGUUCAGUCAGUUGUCAGGGAAGAAUGGACGUCUGAAGUUUUCGAUGUUGAGUUAAUGAGGUUCCAAAACAUUGAAGAAGAGAUGGUGCAGAUGCUGCAGAUUGCCAUGGCGUGUGUUGCAAAGGUGCCGGACAUGCGACCAAACAUGGACGAAGUCGUUAGAAUGAUCGAAGAGGUUAGGCUAUCCGACUCGGAGAAUCGUCCAUCUUCAGAAGAGAAUAAAUCCAAGGACUCCAAUGUGCAGACUCCUUGA